ACAAGGACAGAUGGCGACAGAUGACGGUGAAGGUCGCAGCGCUUGACGUCGUUCAAAACAUCCGAGAUGUGUAUGCCGUCGUCCGCGGGAGCUGUUUCUUAAUCGUCAGUUUAUAUAUACGGUGAAUAUAUCGUGCGAAUAAAGUCGUAUAAAAUGAGACGGUAUGUUCCAUUCGGCGCGACUUCUUAGCGGGCUGCUCGUUCUGUUACUAUCGAUCGCACUAUGCGAUGGCGCGAAUUACACAUACGAGGUCGACUGCAGUAACCUACGAAUGGGACAGUACAUCUGUCCGCAUCCCGAUUACGAUUUCAUAGACCCGAAGACGCAGCAGCCGCGUGGAUGCACGAAAGAAAACAAAGCCAAAGUGUUAUGUUUAGCUGCUGAUGGCCUCAUCUGUACAGAAACAAAAAAUAAUACAUUCAAGAAGGAUAUACCUUGUAAAUGGACGAAUGGAUAUUCUUUUGAAACAUCGUUACUGCUGUCUAUAUUUCUUGGUAUGUUUGGCGCCGAUCGAUUUUACCUCGGAUAUCCCGCCCUGGGCUUACUCAAGUUGAGCACUUUGGGGUUCCUCUUUCUUGGUCAAUUCGCUGAUGUAAUACUGAUAGCUACACAGAUUGUAGGACCAGCGGAUGGCUCUCACUAUGUGAUGCCAUAUUACGGUGCUGGAAUUAAGAUUGUAACCAGCAACAACUUCACAUACAGAGUGCCACAGUAUGAGUGUUGAGAAAUCAGCAGUUCCAACACAUUCAUGUGCAAUCAUUCUAAACGUUGUAUAGCCUCUGCUUUUUUCUCGCGAGCAACGAUGUACAAUCCUAGAAUCGAGUUCUAUUUCGGUACACAUGGAUGUAAAUUAGUCUCUAUACUAUUUUAAUGAAUAAGCUUAACAUUAAUCUUGUAGAUAAUACAUACUUCAACGAAAUGUUGUAUAUAGACAUUUAUUACUAAUUUACGUAUAUUGCCAGCUGAAAUAAUAAACGUUCGUUUUUCUAUUUC